GCAUUGUCAUUUUUUACAUUCCUAUAUUGGCCAAGUUAAAAAAAAAAAGUCCUUUAACAGUAUGUUCAAAGAAAUAUAGCUUUGUAGACACUUGGAAACAGUUCAAUUGUAGGACACUCGGGGAAAAAACGCUGACUUACAUUUUUUUAGUCCUGAAAAGGAGAAAAAACUUUGGGGUUUUGUUUUGGGUCUUUGUAGGUUUAGUUUUGGUUUUUUUCCUUCCCUACGUGUUCUACAAAACCAGGAGGGGAGAAAAAGGGCUACGUACGCUAAAGAUAGCCAGAAGUGAAUCCCCUCUCUUGACCAUGACCUGGUCACGCUUCUUUUGAUGCAGCCCAGGACACGGUUGGCUUUCUGGGCUGCAAGCGCACACUGCCGGCUCAUGUUGAGCUUCUCAUCCCCCAAUGCCUCCAAGUCCUCCUCAGGGCUGCUCUCCAUCCAUUCUCCACCCAGCCUGCAUUUGUGCUUGGGGUUGCCCUGACCCACCUACAGGAACUUGCACUUGGCCUGGUUGAACUUUACGAGGUUCACACAGGCCCGCCUCUCCAGCCUGUUGAGGUCCCUUUGGAUGGCAUCCCUUCCCUCCAGCGUGUUGACCACACCACGCUGGUUGUCAUCGGCAAAUUUGCUGAGGGCGUGCGCAAUCCCACUGCCCACGUCGCUGACAAAGAUGUUAAAGUUGUUUGCAAGUACUUGUAACUAAUAUCUGUAGAGCAUACUGUCUAUGCACAAUUUAUGGAGUUGUAAAGAAAUAAUUCCUGUAUUUAAAACAAAAAAUGUCUGUCUUUCCACAACCAGGAGACUGAAAGAUCCCAGAUCCCAGCAGCCUGAUGCAUUAGGCACGCUGCUGCUUGCGGCAGCUGCUCCAAAUCCGAGCGGUGCUCUGAGUCACAACCCCGAGGGAAUCAGCUCUGAAUAUGCACCUCUGCUGCACGACGCUCGGCAGCAAGUGCUUUUAUUUCUAAGCCACCAUUCCCAGUGCCACCUCACACACGUCAAAGAUCGCUCCCAGCUUAGCCCGGGAGCUCCCCUGCGCACGGAGCUACCAGCCGCGGACAGCGCCGGACACUGCGACCGCAGAGGAUGCCUGAAAGGGCUAAAUAGCAAUGCAGUCACGCUAACGCUACACGGAAAUUCGUACGAAGCAACCUCCAACAGGACGGGACGUGUCCUGACGGUGAAGACAACGCCGGCAUGCACACGAACACCUCCGCGUUCCACCGCCGGGCGAGCCGUCCGGCCUCGCUAGGCAGCACGCCGCCGACCCGCGCCGGCAGACGGGAGGCGGCUCUGGGCGCUGCGCGCACCGUCCCGCCGGCGGCCGCCCACGUCGCUGCCGGCCCGGGGAGCGCCGGGCGGCGCAGGCUGCGGAAGUGUAGCUCGCUGCGGCGCCCUGCGUCGUCGAGCGCAGCCCCAGGAGGCCUCCGGGCGCUCUCUCCGCUGCCGUAGCGGAGGUUUUCGGGGACCAUGGUGCAGCUUUACAACCUGCACCCGUUCGGCUCGCAGCGAGUCGUGCCCUGCAAGCAAGAGCCGGCGCACUUCUGCUGCGGCCGCGAUGUGCUCUUCGUGGCCAGCACGGCGGCCAGCUGCAGGGUAGAGGUGUUCGCGGUGCGCGACCAGGGCCGCUGCGACGCGCUGGGCUCCUUCGCCACGCUGGGUCCAGUGCUGCGCAUGGCGCACAGCGAGGCAGGAGACUAUCUGGUGACAAUUGAAGAAAAAAGCAAAGCAACUUUCUUAAGAGCGUACACGAACUGGAGAUGCAUGUCUGCAGGGAGUUCUCGUGUUUGUGUUCGGAUGGUUGGUCACAAGAUGGAAGAGUCAUACAGUGAAACCUUAAAAGAACAGAUGUCAAUUGUGGAAAUGCCACUUUCAGAUCCUCCGCUGUGCAUUUCAUGUUGUCCUGUAAAUGGAGAUCUUCUUGUGGGCUGCAAAAAUAAACUAGUCAUGUUCUGCUUGAAAUACCUGGUCAUAAACCAGAAUUUGACUGUGUUAGACUUUGAGCGCUCCUUGAUUUUACACAUUGAUAACUUCAUUCCUGCUGAAGUUGCGUUUUGUGCCAGACAUAUAGCCAUAACAACAGAGCUGGAUGUUCUGAUCCUGAAACUGGAACUGGUCCAGCAAAGUGCAGACAGGACAGAGCAAAGUGCACGUAGAGUUAGUACACUAGAAAAGUCUGUGGAUGUAGGUGUAAACGAUGAAGACCCUUCAACACGUACUUCGCAGCUCGAAUUAGAUGAGUUCAUCAUAUGUCAGAAGCCAGUGGAACUGCUUGGGGAAGAAAGUAAGCUGUGUGAGAUACCCAUCACACUGGAAUCCACAGAGUUACCUACCAAAGACACAAAGCGCUUCCAAGUGCAGUAUCUGCUUUUCAGACAUUUUACACCUGACCAGUCACCUUUUGGGUUUUGUGAAGAGACAAAGUUGCACUCUGUUCAACUGCUUCCUGUACACCAGACAGGAAGUUCUGUGACAGCCCAUGAGGAAACUGAGAACAAGAGAGAACUACUGAGUCUCUUUUGCUUUUUCUCUUUACCUCAUGUUGGAUAUCUCUACUCUGUUGGGAAGGUAGUAGAACUGAUUUCUACUUACCAAUAUUCAGAGAAGUCAGAGCAGGCUGUUCUCACUCCACAGUUCCUGCACGUCAUUACAAGUGAGAACCUGCAGUGUUUCACAGUGCGAUGCAGUGCAGUAGCAGCUCGUGAUGAGGAUCCAUAUAUUGAUACGACCGUGAAGGCUUGUCCACCUGUUGCACUGGAUGUCUGCACAUUAAGAAUGCAGCUUUUUAUAGGACCAAGAGCUAUCUGUCAUUUCAAAAACCAUAUAAUUCUUUUGACUAAGGCGGACACAGAAGAUAUUACUGAAAGAAGAAAGCCUACAAGAAGGAUGCUUUCCAGAAAGGCUGACAGCAUCAAAUCCAGAACAAAUUCUGAGUCAGAGCCUGGUUGGAAUUUAUAUAUUAUAAACACUGUUUCAACCAUUCAGCUUUACAGAGAAAUGGUAGAUUAUAGUAAAACUUACGAAAACGUAAAAACCGAGAGUUGCAUCCAUCUUCUAAGUGAGGCUCACUUAUUGGUUAGAGCAGCUAUAAUGGACCCUAGUUUCCUUAAAUCAGAUGAGAAAGAAGAACUUCAAAGAGCAUUCAGAGAAAGUUGUGCAUUCUUAGGAGACUGCUACAGCAGGUUUGACACAAAGGAUUACCACCUCGCUUUGCCAUACUACAGAAUGUCAGGUUUAUCCACGACCGAAGUUUUAAAGAGACUAGUUUCAGAAGGUGAUGAGAUACAAACGUAUGAGAGAGGAUUUAUCUUUUACUUAACUCACUCUCUUAAUGAAGACUUAAAUGAAGAAUUAAGUAAGGAAUCAGCAAAUGAAGUUCUCCGAAUAUUCUGUCUUGCUGACCCUGUGCAGCUGCCUCAUAUCCUCUGUAGCCCCUGCAUGAGGAACGUAUGUCCUCUGACAGCUGUGAAGUAUCUUCAGAAAGUAGAGAAGACCAUGCCAUCGGUGGUCCUGACACUUACUAAGGCUUUCAUGGCUCUGAAAAUGGGAGACCUGACGAUGUAUGAGCAUGAGAUGGACUCCUAUAAGGAGACAAUACUGGCUUGUGGCUUCCUUGGGCAACCAAAACUCUUGAGACAGCAUAAGGAAGGAAUUGUUAUUCCCACUGAGUUUGCUGUUCACCUGAAGGAGACGCACCCUGGUUUACUGGUGGCUGCCACUGUGGCUUUACAUGAGAACAGUAAAAUUGAACUGGAAGAAGCAGAUACCUUUUUCAAGAUGUUGUGUCGUAACAGUGAAAACACGAUUCCUCAGCUCUUGGUGGAUUUCUGGGAAGCUCUUCUUGUCGUGUGCUCUCAGGAAGAAAUACUUCAGGAGCUUUUGUUGAGGGUUACCUCUCAGUAUGUUUGGAGAAUAUCAAAGCAGCAGCUUCCUGAGACUAAGCCAUUGAAAACAACCGAGGAUCUAAUAAACUCCUGUAGUCAUUUUGGGUUGAUUUUCCCAUGGGUAACUUCCAUAAUGUCAGUGGGAUCUCCUUCCGAUAAAGAUUGCUGUGAAGAUAUCUCAAAACUACAGUCUCUUUUAUGUAGUCAAUCAAUCAAUAUAGAUUCAGCUCUGCCUGUCUUGGAGCCUCUGACAGAGGCUGGCAACGUCGGCCUCACCAUCCACGUUCUCUGCAAUACCCGUCUAGGCAAGUAUGAGGAAGCCCUUGACCAGCUUCUCAAAAGGUGUCCUGAUGCAGCUGUAUUAUAUGCUCAGCACGAGCUGAAAGAUGACAGUCGGGCUGUGUGGUGGAACAAGCUGCUUCCUGAACUUUGCAAGAGAACUAGACUUACUGGAAAUGACUGCCCCAUUCUUAUUUCAUCACUGAAAGAAACUUUAUCAGUUGUUGCAAUGGAACUGGAACUAAGGGAUUUCCUCAGUCUUCUACCAGAGGAUGGAACUGCAGCCUUUUUUCUGCCACAUCUUCUUCAGUGCAGCCAGAGGAAGCUGCUGACCUAAACCAAUGGAAGUUACCAUGCACUCAAAUACAAAGAAUGUGCUGGAAUAAAAAAGUAAAUGAAACAAGCAGUCGAACUACAUAUAAGGUACCGUGGGACUCCCCUCACAUAAAUCACAUUAUUUCUCAGUUGAAACCGUAUGACAACUAUUGAAUGACAGCUAUUGUCUGAGGCAAAGCAUCUGCUUUGAAGCUAAUACUAUUACACUCUGACAAAGGUCAGCAAACCAGAAUUCCUGCCAGGCAGAACUGGUAAAAACAUGGCUAUUCAGCUAUUAGGCAGGAUCACUUUUGCUUUGAUGCUUUGUCAUCUUAAUUACAUAUCUAUGUGUCACACUGAAAAUGUUUUCAUUUAGCAAUUCACAAAAAAAGGCCAUAAGUCAAAGAGAAAGGGAAGUGGGCCCAACGGGAGUGGAAGAUAUGAACCACCACCUUGUUGGUUUUUAUUUUCUUUCUUCUCCUGUUGUCUACUGACUGAGUACAAGUAUUUGAAACUGUUAUGUCACAACUCCAGCUGAAAACUCUUAUUUCUUCUAGGUUUUUUGGUAAGCAUCUCGGGUACUUGGGCAUGUAGAUACUGAUGUUUAUCAUUCUUUUGGGCAGAAAAGAUCCUUCUGUUCCUUCAGCUGGAAUUCAGUCAUAAUAAACUGUCACGAUAUUUAUGACCUU